AUGGUCACAUUUGUAACAUUAGUGGCCAUUUUUAAUGUGUAUUUAUGUGCAAUUAGAGCAGAAAACAAAGAAACAGAAAAAGCAGAUAAUUGGUCUGCAACUGGAGCUAAAGCGGAUGUAAUGCGUUUUAUCAAACAGAAUAAAGCACACAUCGACGAUACUACCUCGUCUGAGUCAUCUGAUACAAAUGAAUACGAAGAAAUCAAAAUUAAAAAUUUUAAUAAACCUUACAAAGACCUCAUAAAAGGUAUUUCAAAAGUACCAAAAAAGUUCGACUUAAAUAGAAGCCACGACAAAGAAAAGAAUAAAGACAGAAAGAAUAAAUCACAAACAAUAGAGAAGAAAAAGCAUAUUGAUAGAAAUGAAGAAAUUAAAGAAAGUAAAAAAAGCACACCAAAUCAGAACAAGAAUAGGAAUCGUAACAAAGAGAAAUACCACACUGAAGAAAGAAGUAGAGAAAAAUCUCGCGUUAAGGAAAGAAUGAAAAGUAGAAACCGUGAUAAAGAAAGAACUAUGAACGCAAACCGAAAUCCAGAAAAGAUGCCGGAGGUGUUUCGAUUAAAUGAAAACAAUCCUAUUCCGACUACAGAUCGCUUCAAAGAUAUGAAUAUAAACAAAUUAUUACCACCGGUCAUGGAAAAGAAUAAAAAAACUAAAAGCGACAAUCAAGACAAAAAUAGUAAAAUUGGUGUAUCAGCUCCACCGGAUCCAUCGAAUUUAAGAAUCCCCAAGAAAGCCCCGUUAGGUCUGAGAUCAACAAGAAUGCCACCUAUGUCACUGAACCAACUUGAUGAUCCAGUGACGACACCAACAAAAUGGACAAAAUCAAAUUCUGGGACACCGCCAAAUACACUUAGUCCCUAUGCUAUAAUGGAACAAAUGAAAAUAGUGAUUGAUUGCUUUCCUCAUGCAAAUGCAACAUUUGAAACGAUUGGUCGGACGGUCGAAUAUAAUGAUAUAAUCAUAGUUAAAAUUACUGACAGAAAACAAAGAUAUUUCCGAGCUGAUGAAAGCAAAUAUAUUGACGAGGUUCCCGAGAAAAAGAUCAUAUUUAUCGUCCAUGGCUUGAGCGUCAUGGGAAUGACUAAAAUGUUGCAUCUCUCCUCUAUCAGUGAAUUGAAGAUACUUAUGUCAUACUAUCUAAAUCACUUAGAUAAGUUUGACAUAUUUUUGAUACCAUUGGCAAAUCCUGAUGGAUACUCCCUUUCCCAUAACGUCGAAUACGGCAUGAUGUGGAACAAGAAUGCGUCGCCUCAAGAGGCUUGCCGUGGAGUAUAUUUGGAUCGUAACUUCGAUGUGUCGUGGAAUUCCACUCGUCAGAUCAGUUCCUGCAGCCAACUGUACCCAGGUCCAGCGCCAUUCUCAGAAGUGGAAACAAAUGCCGUCCGGAAUAUUUUCCACUACUUCGGCCACAAGAUCUUAGCGUACAUUAAUGUGCAUUCAGGAACAUUUGACGACAAAGUCUUUAAGGGAGAUGCGAUCUUAUACCCUCGAGGAUAUACAGAAUUACAGACGGAUGAUGACAAAUAUAUUGACCUGAAAGGAGAGGUAGACGAGUCUAUGAAGAAUGCCAGUUUUCAAGUUAUGUCGGUGGCUGUUGACACCCUGUACAAUUGGUAUGGGAAAAUAUCAGGGUCGAGUGUGGACUAUGCGUCUACGGUUUAUGGUAUUCCUUAUGCCUUGGAGUUCGUGAUGCAGCUAUACCAGGAGGAAGGCACAAAUUAUUCAAUACAACAUUUCGCCCUAACCGAGAUCUGGAACCGGCUGAUAGACACGGUCUUCAAUAACAUGUGGAAGAGUCUACAUGGCAACGACGUCCGGAAAAAAUAA